AUGGGUCGCAUCACAAAUGCUAGAUUGGGCAGUGAUGGGACCAUACGCGAAGUAGAGCUUGCAACAUCUACGCAUCGUAAGAUUCGUCGGCCGGUGAACUUACUAGUACCACUUGAAGUAAACGCUGGUGAUGUCAUGGAAGCCCAUCAUAGAGAUGAAUCCCAAACACAUCAGCAUGAAGAGGUACCAGAGCUAGAGCCAGGCAAUCACUUCCCCGGUCGCACCGGAUGCAUGGAGUCAUGCGGAGGCCCUGGAUGCGGCUGCGUUAUUCCAAGCGCAGGGUGUUUAUUUUACAGAGUCUUUGCUACUCCAAGGAACGAUAGGAUCUAUGAAAUAUUCGGAUGUGCGAGAUGGGCCGAAGAAACCAAAAUCAGUGUGACCAUCGAGGAUAUCAACGCCUCCCUGGCAGCACGCAAUUUUGUUCUAGCCCUCACUCCGAACGUACCAAAAGAACUACCACUUUUCACCAUUACAAUGACAUCUAUCUCUUUACCACCAACUCCCUCACUGAUUACGUCGUUCAUAACCGAUGGAAGAGAUAUUGCUCUGUGGGACGACACUCUCAAACCCCACUUAGUAUGUCCAACCGCAGGACAUGCCCGAACACUGAACUGCUCCUUCUAUGACGACUGUACCUGUAACGCGGCGGAGACCAUUGUGAAAUGCACGUGCUCGGAUGUAGACAUCACAGCAGAGUUUGGCAGAAUCGCCAGCAAGCUCCCAAUCACCACAGCAGCAUGGGAAAUGCAAAAACGAUCCAACUCGGUCGUAACAAAGAUAUCCAGCAUGGUGUCAGCGGAUUUUAUGAUCGAGUUCAACCAGACGAUCGACACGUCGACUAAGGUUACAUCUAGUCAAACAUGCGAUGUUGCAAAUGGUGCCGUUGAAGAUCAACAACGCAACAUGUCUACGCUGACGCCCGUGUCGAGAUCGCAACUCCUCCUGAAUCUUCGAAUGGAGAAGCUGAAAAAUCAACAGUUGCGGAAACAGAACAAGAGGCUCAUGGAGGCCCUCGAACCUUUGCCGCAACCGCGAGAACUUUUUGACAUGCUCGUACGCACAUUCACUGAAGUCAGUCACACGUGCAGAGCAGUACUUCGACUGGAUACCAACAUUGACCUGCUAAAGUUCUCUCAGGACCAUCCAUACGUCAAACACUUGAGGAUCAACACAUUGGACACUCAGAUCGAAGCUCUCCGCCUACGUUUCCACUUAGCUCGAGCCGAACUCGUCCUCUUACAUAAACAAUACGCUGGACUCACGGCUACAAAAAGGUUGACCCCGGAGCUUUGGGAAACAUACCUUGCAGAAACUCAUCUGGACGCUGAAGACCAACCGAUUGUUCUUGAUCCAAGCCUUCAAGAGCAGCUGAUCCAGAACUAUAUGGAGUUCCUUGGGAACUAUAGUGUAGCUCUUGCCACAGUUCGGCAGUCCAUAGAGGAGGACAACGACUACGAUCAAUAUCGUGACGAUCUUCUGAGAACCCAGGAAGCCUGGUCAUGCGAACGGAAUUCAUUCCAAGACGUAGUGAUGUCCAGGCUCGACACCAUCUAUGGCAUGCUCAGUGCCACUACGAGGAAAACAGUGGAACAGAACGUGAUAGUCCAGACUCAGGAAACCAAAGACAAUCCUCCGAGCGCUGCUGUAACACCAGCUACGAACAGAGCGUUGCCUGCAGAUACACGAGAAAUUGAGCAGCGCAGGAUUCAAGACAACGUAGGAUUCCUGGAAUCUAUAGAAAUUGACGUUAACAGUCCUCAACAGCUGCAACCCGAGAACGAUGAAGGGCUAGUCGUUGUGGACGAAGUCGAGAGCGGCGAAGAAGACUCUGACAUAGUGGUGGUAGUGGACAAUCCCCCGAAACGUGCUCGCAUGAGCCCAGCUCAAGAAGAGCCCAGACGACGUGUUAUUUCCACCUCGGAAUACGCAAAACGUCAAUACGCUGAAGCUCAACAUAGUCGAGACACUGACAUUCAGCAACAGCGAUACGCAAAGGAUAGUCCACAUCCACGUGCAGAUGAGUCUGAGAGCCUUGAACAGCAACUAAAGAUACAACGAAAUUGA